CUGGAAUUAAUAGACGAUAUCUCUGAAUCGCUGAACACUUUCAACGAUCCAAUCCCCCACUUUCAAGCCAUUUCAUUCGGGUAGUCUAUUUCACUUAUUAUUUAUUAUACUGGCAGCAUUCCAUUCGGGAUGAUUAUCUUGCCGAAUGCGAGAUCGCUCAUAAAGUCGUAUCAGCUCUCUUCAUGCGUGGUAUUUGAGGCUGAGCCGGUUCUCCGAUAAGGCCGUCCUCAAACGGACGAAGAAAAGGACAACAUUUUUGAAUAGAUAAACGGGCCACCGCCUUCAAACCACCUCCCUUUUGUGCUCCACACCUAUUAUUACACUUCUCCCUAUACUUACUCCCAAUGGAUGACGCCGCCGCCAAAAGCACCUCCACUCCUUCCUCCGCAGAGCAUCUCUGUGUUCUCGUUCAUGGUCUAUGGGGAAAUCCAGAGCAUCUGAAAAACCUUAGCGCCGCCCUCCGCGAACGAUACGCAGAAGACAAAUUACACAUAUUUAUCCCAAAGCGCAAUGCUGGUAGCUUUACCUACGAUGGCAUUGAGCUCGGUGGAGAACGCGUGGCGCAUGAGAUAGAAGAGCAUCUGGAGGAGCUGAACAAGAAUGGGAACAACAUCAAGAAGAUCAGCGUCAUUGGAUACUCUCUUGGAGGGCUUAUAUCUCGCUACGCGAUCGGUCUUCUCUAUCACAGGGGGCUGUUCGACAAGAUACAGCCGAUUAACUUCACCACAUUUGCUACUCCACAUCUCGGCGUUCGCACACCGUUGCUAGGAACGCAUAACCACGUCUGGAACGUUUUGGGUGCAAGAACGCUUUCAAUGAGCGGCAGGCAGUUAUUCACAAUUGACACGUUCAGAGACACCGGCAAGCCACUUCUUGCUGUCCUUGCCGACCCAACGAGUAUUUUUAUUCGGGCGCUCGCGGCAUUCAAACACCGAAGUUUGUAUGCGAACGUAGUAAACGACCGGACGGUGACUUACUACACGGCUGGCAUCUCACAAACCGAUCCAUUCGCCAAGAUGGAUGAUCUGGACAUUAACUACGUAAAGGGAUAUGAGCCGGUCAUAGUGGACGGAGAUGACCCGUUCACCAUAAAGAAGCGAGAUGUUGCGCCUGCCUUCCCACAACGGCUAUCGCAGAACACGCGCAACUUCUUUGGACAAAUACCUUUCGCUGUUUUCUUGAUGGUCUUCCUUCCAAUUGGAUCUACUGUUUUCUUGGUCAAUUCAGCAAUUCAAUCAGUCCGAAGUCGGCAGCGUAUCAAGCUACAUGAGGAGGGCAAGGCCGGCGUUGAUUUUGGAGGCUAUCGCAUUCCGCUCCUGAAUAAGGUUCGGGGCGAAGUGGAAGAUCUUUUCGAGAACAUCAACAACACACACGAACAAGAGUACCUCCCUAACGGCAGCGAGACAAUGACAUCUCCUACCCAGUCGCCCAAAAUUACGAGGACACAUUCCAUGCCGAAGACCACAUCGCCGCCAUCGGACAACGAUUCCGAUAAAGACUCGCUAGCAGAACAGAAGCGGGAUAAGAAACCCGAAAUUCCAACACUAGCCUUGACUCCGGACCAGUUUGCUAUGGUUGAAGCAUUGGACAACGUUGGCUUCCAAAAGCACCCUGUGUAUAUCCACAACGUCCGCCACUCCCAUGCUGCGAUCAUUCGCCGCAUGAACAGAAGUGCGUUCCACGAGGGCUUCAUCGUAUUCAGGCAUUGGCUUGACAAUUUCCAGCUCUAAAAUUGACAUGGGGCUGAUUUUACUGUGAUUUUCAAUAAUAUUGGCGUUCUAGCAGCAACGGCGUCGCGGAACAUUUGAUUCGCAAUUUUCCGGGAAAUGAUUUCCAACAUCGCGCACAGUUUAUGCUUUUUAUGAUAUCCUGAACCCAUACCCGUAGAUUGAUAGAAUUAAGUUACCUAGUAUUUACACGUUACG